CUUUCCAGUUCCUACCCUUCCGGGCCGGUUCCCUUCUUCGUAACCUUCUUUAUUUUUGUCUCAAAAUGAACUUUUUUUUAUGUAUGCUCAUUUGCAGCCCCGUUCCAGUUCUUCCAAUGGAGCCCAUCACCUAAAGUAGAGCGUUGUACCCCCCCUCUUCCCCCUCUCUAUUUCCUCCGCUGCGACUAUCACCUACCUGUAUUUGUUCACCAAAUACCACAUCUUCUCCCCGCUCUCUCCGACAAGUGUUUCUCUUGGGCUAGGGCCCAUGUCAUGACUUGUGUUUUCUGCUUCGAUAAUAGAUGGAUUGCGCCUAGCAGAUGUCCAUGGACGAAUCUCAUCCGGGGAGAGGCCUAGGGUUUACCAUCAGGAAUCUGUUUCGCUCCUCAUCAUUGUCCUUCCCAUCUACGCGGCCACGAAGAUCUCUCCUUCGAAGGGGACGCAGUGUGAUUGAUAGCAAAAAUUCGAUUGACCCCGCGAAACGUGCUUCCGCUCCUCCAAUGAAUGAUAAUCAAAUCCGCGAACCAGCAGCGAUGAUAGGACCUGCGGAAUCGUCUACAGUUGGUUGCGACAUCUUCGAAUGGUACCCGCGCUAUCAAAAUUGUCAGCGAUACUUCUUGGAUGAUGCGCAACACAGCGUCCCUGUUCAAGCGCUUUCCGCUUUUCUGAACAUUCGUCUUCCAUUCCAAUGGGAAUCCAACCCGGUUGCAAGCUCGAGCUCGAGCUCGAGCUCGUCCACCAAUCACUCUUAUACCAGUACCCCUUCGGAUUCAUCUGGCCCGUCGACAGUGCCCCCUUCUGUCUCGCUGAUUCCUUAUAUUCGUCGCCUAGUGGCUACUGGAAUGGAUUUUCCUGGGGUGCUUCAAGGAUUCUUCGGGAACGAAUGGGCCACUGGCAUCGGCCCUCUGCACGAACAGGAGAGGCGCAAUUACCUCUUCGCAGCGAAAAGUGGGGGGUGGGCAGCUGUGAAAAAGGAUUACGAUAUUGCUCCGCUGGAGACUAUCCCAUUUUUACGCCCAUUGCAGGGUCCGCUGGAUUCAGAGAUCGAGGCCGCGGAGAGGAGCUGGAGUGACUGGCUUGCCAUGGAGGACUGGAUGGUCGGGCCACGAGCGCCUGAUGCCCUUCGCGAUUCAUCGUCUAACAUUUCGCGAGCGCAGAGCUCACGUGGCUGAGGCUUCUAUUCCCUCGAUCCAAAUCUUCUCUCAUUUCCUUGCCUCUUCUUGCUUUAUCAUUUUGCAUCGAUCCCCCGGGUUGACUUCUACAUGUUGAACAAUACCCAACGACUAUGGGUGACAGUACGGAGUUUGGGGACCUCAUAGCGGAACCCGUUUCUAUUCUUUUAAUAUUCUUUCUGUUCUUCGCAUGCCUGCCAUGAGAUGACGAUCAUAUGAGUUCUUGAGCGUGAUAGACUGGCGCGGGCCCACAUUUUAGUUUUGGCUUCUAUUAUUGACUACGGAGCGCACUCCUUUUUGCAAGGGGCUAUACUUGGAUAUACACGACCGAGGAUUUUUGAAAACAGCAGCCAAUCAAUGAAUCAUAUGAUAGGCGUUGGAAUUUAGUAUAGCAUUAAUGCACAG